AUGGCGGAAGACGAGAGCGACCAGGAGUCGGAGCGGCUCAGCGAGGAGCUGGAGGCGCUGGCGGCGCCGGGGCUCCCGGCCGGGCUGCCCGCUCUCCUCCGCAGCCAGUACUACUGCCGCCGCUUCUGCCAGGUUGUUGAAGACUAUGCUGGAAGAUGGCAGGUCCCCUUGCCUCAGCUGCAGGUGCUGCAGACGGCACUGUGCUGCUUCACGUCUGCCUGCGUGUCAUUCCCAGCCGAAUGUGAGCACGUACAGUACGUACUGAGUAGCCUUGCUUUGAGUUUUUUUGAAUUGCUGCUGUUCUUUGGAAAGGAUGAGUUCUAUGAAGAUCCUUUGAAAGACAUUUUAGGUUCAAUCCAGGAAUGUCAGAACCUUCUAAACAAAUACAGGAAUUUGAACCUGGAACUAGUGACUCGAAUCAUUCGAGAUGGUGGACCAUGGGAGGAUCCAGUAUUACAGGCAAUUCUUAAAGCAAAGCCCGUGUCACAGGAAUUAGUUAACAAAUACUUAAGCUCUGAAAAUCCACUGUUCUUUGAACUCCGUGCCAGAUACCUUAUUGCCUGUGAACGCAUCCCUGAGGCAAUGGCUCUUAUCAAAUCUUGCAUAAACCAUCCAGAUAUCAGUAAAGAUCUGUAUUUCCAUCAAGCUCUUUUCACCUGUCUUUAUAUGUCACCAUUAGAAGAUCAGCUAUUCCAGGAGCACUUGUUGAGGACUGAUUGCAAGAGUGGAAUUGAGAUCAUCUGCAACACUGAAAAAGAAGGGAAGACUACCUUAGCCUUACAGCUUUGUGAAUCCUUCCUAGUCCCACAGCUCCAAAAUGGGGACAUGUAUUGUAUAUGGGACCUGAUCUUCAUUUGGAGUAAACUGCAGCUCAAAUCUAACCCAUCAAAACAAGUAUUUGUGGACCAGUGCUACCAGCUUCUAAGAAUUGCUACAAAUGUCAGAGUAAUUUUCCCUUUCAUGAAAGUCAUUAAGGAUGAAGUUGGUGAAGAUGGCCUUCAGAUCUGUGUUGAGAUAUGUGGAUGUGCCCUACAGCUGGACCUCCGAGAGGAUCCCAACAUGAAAAGUCUUAUUUAUAAAGCAAUCGCUCACUUUCUGCCAAAUGACUUGGAGAUCCUCAGAAUUUGUGCUCUCUCCGUCUUUUUCCUGGAGCGCACCUUGGAGUCUUACUACACUGUCGAACACUUGUAUAAAUGCGCAGAUGAAGAAUACAACGAGUGCACUAGUUCCGUUCAAAACCGCGUGCGGUUUGAGCUGCUGCCCAUCCUGAAGAAAGGAUUGUUUUUCGACCCCGAGUUCUGGAAUUUCUUGAUGAUCAAGCAGAAUUGUUUAGCGUUAUUGGGAGAUAAAGCCUUGGAUGGCUUGAGUGAAAGUACACUGGAAAACUCUCCUGCGAACGCGGAGAAAACAGCAGAGUACAGGGCUGUGGGUGAGGAACGCGGCUGUUUAACAGACGUCAGCAAUGGGGAGCUUGACCCUGCAAACUGCUCUGGAGCCCGCUCCAAAGGGAAUGCCAGAAAGAACCACCAAGCUCUGGAGGCAUCCAAAGCCUUGGAUCAGACUGAACCGAGGCACCGCUGUGUGAUCUGCGACAAGGAGUUCCUUGGAGAUCACAUAGUGAAACACGCACAAGCUCACCAAAAAAAGGGCAGCUUCUCCUGUGUACUUUGCACCAGGAAGUUCAGGCAGAAAGGCCUCAUGCUGAAGCACUUAAGGAAUCACGUCAGGAAGAUAGAAAGGCAGCAUCUUGCUGCGGCUCUGGAAGCUGGUCAGGAGGCUCCUGCUCUUCAUGAAGUGCAAUGUUCUGGUGUUUCUGUGUCACUUGAAAAUGGGAAUUCUGAGGGUUCCAAAGAUACCGAACCGGAGGCUACAGUAGCUCCGAGUUCUGAUCAGGUCCAAGAGGAGGUUGAGAAUGCAGAACAGGUUUUAGAUGCAGUGGAAAACCAUCUAAGUGACCGGGAUGAUGCUACUGAAAACAGUAGUGACAGCUGUUUUAAUAACGUUCCUGGCGCUUUAAGUACAGAGAGUUUGCCUGAGGAUGAUGAGAGCUCCAGUAAAGAGUCACCUGUUCUGCAUAAAGUGAAUGGAGUGUUUUGCCCUCAAAAAGACAUCGAUGCUUUGGAUGAGGAAGGAACCUUUAAGUGCCCUGCCAAUGGUUGUGCUAGAGUGUUUAAAAAAAUAAGAUUCCUUAACAAACACGCCAGAAAAACUCAUCCGACCGAUCUGAAGGUGCAGCAGCAUAUAAUGAAAUGGAAUAAAGGAAAAUGCCGCUUCUGCCAGAGGAAAUUCGCUGAUUCCCAACAUUUUGUAGACCACCUGAAGAGACAUGUGUAUCCAAAUGUUUACUUUUGUUUACACUUUAAUUGCAAUCAGAGGUUUAAGCUGUCGACUGAGCUUGCAGAACACACAAAAAGUCACAGUGUGUUUAAAGCUCAGUGCAAUUUCUCAAACUGCUGUGAGCUAUUUGAGGAGCUCCCUUUGCUGUAUGAACACGAGGCUCAGCAUUAUUUAAAUAAAACCCCAGAAGGUUCAGAAGAUGCAAGUGAAAAAGAUUCUUCAGAUGAUCCUUCAGAACUUUGUAGUUACCAAGAUGAUGAUGAAUCCGUUAAUGAAAAAGAAACUGUGGAUUUACCAAUUCCAACCUGGAAGUCAAGGAAGGAUUCUGCAGAACCAAAGACGUAUAUUCAAAGUGUAGAGAAGAAAGCAAAUAAUGUAAUUCACAAUGGAAAUGAAAGCUCAUCUGAGGGUAGUGCUCCAGUUUUAAGUUUGGUAGACCAAAAGACACCCGUGUUACAGCCAAAUCCUGAAAACUGUAAAGCUGUUAGUGACCAACUGGUCAAUGGGCACAGUGACCCGGAUCAGACAUCAUCCAAGGCAGCCCAGGUACCUUUGGACAGAGUAGCAGAUGAAACAAGGACAGAAAACGGGUCAGUGUUACCAGUUUUACAGAAUUGUCACGAUGCACCACAAAAUAAUGCUCCUGUGGCCUCACAAGUACCUUCUAAACCAAAUCAGACAACAGAGACUACUUCAUAUGGCGUCAUCUUAACAAAACCCUACGUCAGACCAUUGCCUCCGAGUUACCUUGAUGAACGUUACAUUAGCAUGCCAAAAAGGAGAAAAAUUUUGGCUGAUGAAGUAGACGCUUACUCUGAACAAGACAAAAUUUGUAGCAAAACAACAGAAAGAUUUAGAUGUGGCAACUGCUUGACCAUCUACUGUAAUUCAGAAGCACUUGAGGCUCACCUUGCACAAAAGAAGUGUCAGACGCUCUUUGGAUUCGAUUCAGAUGAUGAAAGUGCCUGAUUCAAUGUUGUAGAGAAAAGUAUCAGAUGAGGAGUGGUGUAAGGAAACACUACGUGGAGCAGCAUCAGUUUGUUUCCCAGUUGGCCUUAAUCAUGAAGCAGUCUCAAAUUCCUAUAGAGAAACAUGACCUUGAUAAAGACAAAGCACAUUCUCUAGACAAAACUCACAGAGGAGUAAUAGGAGCUCUGCAGGUCUUGAGUCCAGAGAAGUUGCUACAAAACCCCCAAAGUACCAGUUAUCCAAAAAAAGCCAUGUUCAUUCCAAAUGUAUGACUGAAGCUUAACGGCACAGCUUUUCUAGCGUGAAAGUUGAAGGACAAUGAGGCACAGAGGUGAGCAGGCAGAGGAAGCAGAGGUGAAAUCCAACCAGCCAGUUCCAAAAGCUGCUUUAGUUUGUGUGGUUAAUGGGUAUCUGUCCACACAGCUGAGAAGGAAUCAUUCAAGGAGGUGUUUCAUUCUUACCUUGUGCAUACAUGCAUAAAGAAUCCAUGCAUUCUUGGUUUUGGUUUUUUUUCAAGUUUGAAUGUGUGAGUCCAUUAUCUGCUCGAAAGCACGGAGCUUGUUUCAUAAACUUCUACUCAGAAUCCAAAGAGGAAUGUGGAAGGAAAUCUUGAGAUAGAUGGGAUGCUGGAGUAGCCAAAAACUUGAAAUACAGAACAAGCAGGAGAAAGUGAUUUGGUGUGAUACGGUGUGAGACUUGCACACAGUGGAAAUCAGAUGCACGCAAGAGAAGCCCUUUGCAAGGCUGAGGUAAAAGUGUCCUGUAAAACAUCUGCUGUAGGUGUGGGAAGACCAACACAAGUGGUGGAUUGUGUGGGUAUUAACAGCAGCUGGUGGAAGCAAAUCCAGGAUGUUGGGAGGGUUAAGCUCGCAUUAUAAAGCAGAGUUAAACUCAUAUUCUGCCAGUACAGAGCUCCCUCAGCUGUUGGUAGGACUGACAAGAACUUGAGAAGGCAAACAAAAGCAGAGCACAUCGGGUUGGGGUGCACAGAAAGGUCAGGAAGAGCCUGUUUCACAUCUGUGAUGUUGCCUAAUGGUGGUGGGCCACAGCUCAGUACUAUCACUACUCACUCACUGUCUGGGAAGGAGGAAACAGGGAUCCUCUGAAUCCUGAAGACACCUUGCAGUUCUAUUUAGUAGCAUCCCUUGAAAGGAGAGCCUUUCCCAGAGGCUCAUGAAGGAGUUACUUAAAUGUUAAGCACUUUAUUCACAAUUCACUGUUCGCAGAAACAACCACAGUGUGAAGACAGGAAAGAGGAGUCCUUCAAUUCUAUAUGGAAAACUGAAAUACAGAAGAUUUUGAAACCAAAAAGAUGCCAUUGUAAUUGUUGGUCUUCCUACCCUAAGGCGGAGGUGUGGCAACCAUGUGCAUUGUCCAAUUACUGUGCUAAUUUAUCCUCUAAUUUAUCUCACGCUGUCUUGCCACAUAGUAUUUUUUUAAAUUAUUAUUUGGGAUCCUGUUCUAUGAAAAUUGUAGUAAGAUUGCAGGCAGGGGAGGCACGGGGGUGAAAAGUGAUGUUCAGAGUCACUCCAGAAAUGUAGGACAGCACAGAGCAACUGUUCCUAUUCAGCUGUCGCUGAAGAGUUCGUCACAGUGUGUGCAGGGCUUAAAUCAACAGGUGGGUGAAAAUUAAUGUGUAAAAAAUCGGGGGGUGCAUAAAGCCCCCUGUUCAUUGUAGCCAUGGCUCACACUUGCAAAGCCAAGGCUUUCUCUCUAAGAUUGGCUCUGAAGUAGUUCUGGAACACAAACUCAGUAGUUCAGUAAUGCCUCUGCUAAUAAUCCUCUGUGGAUGUAAACAGAUAUUUGCAUUAAUUCUGCUUUCUUUCCCCUUCCUGCAAGGUAAAAAGAAUGCAAAUUCAAAAUCACGCUCUUGAGUUCUAGCAGAGUUUUGCCUUAACUUUGAGUUGGAUUAACAUAAAAGGUUAUAAAAUUAUGAUCACAGCUAUGUGUGCAUUACAUGAAUCCCAGUUAUGGCCCCCUUCCAGAAAUUUGUAUGAUCUUUGAGGCACCAAAGAAAUUUUUUUUUUUUUUUUUGCGAUUGCAAAAAAGCCUGAUUUAACUGCAUCAUUCAUUAUAUAUGCAUAUAUACACACUAUAUAUAGAUUUACAUGUAUAAAUACAUUAAAAGAUUUAAACAUUAAUGGGGUCCUUAUCAGAGAAAUGCACUUUCACAUUUUUUACUUUCAAGGCACCAACUGAUUUUUAAGGACCCAGGUACAGUGUUGAAUGUUCCAGGCUCCCCCUUCUUUGCUUGACAUUCCUUAAAUAUAUUUGGGGGGG